AUGUACGAGUUAGAACAAAACGUAAUUGGACACAAUUUUACGAAGUAUCGAAAAAGUAAAUUGGGAAAUUGGAAAAUAACACCCUUCGGAAGUCAAAAGAACUUAAAUAGAUUGCCUAUACAAAGCCAGCCAAAAAUCACUACACAAAAGCGAGCGAUUUUAAAAUCUAAUCCAAGUAAAAUAGAAAAAUUUCAAAAAUUCUUUGAGAAAAAUAAGGACUUGUUUAAAGAAUUUCUAAGCAGUAAAAUAGCUGCGAGAACACAGGUUUCGGGAUUCUUCACGAGGGGAGGGUCGACAGCAAAUACGAAAGGGUUAAGAGUGGCAAAGAAUAGGAAAACUGCGCAGAAGAGAGGAUGGCUAGACGGAGACGAGAGCGGUGGUGGCACUACCGAGCCCUUGGACCCUGAUCGGCUAGACAUGCUACCAGCAGUCGGCGGCCGCGUACACUACUGGAGAAUACGGGGUCGUCUAUGUCACCGACACGUAUUGAUGCCGGAAGGGCCUAAGUACGACAGCAAAGGGCGCGUGUACCUUCCCGCCCACACCGACAACGUGCGCCGGCCUUACAACGUCACGCGCCGCCCCCACCUGCUGCUGCCCAAAUGCUGCAACUGCUGCAAAAAGUCCGUUCUCGGCUGCGAGUGA